AUGAAUCUUAGACUCGAACUAACUAAAUUACUUAAUCUUUGCUUUGUUCUUUCCUCCACAUUUAUGAUGUGGAAGGGCCUUUCAAUCUUUGCAAAUUCACAUUCGCCAAUUGUUGUCGUAUUAUCUGGUUCAAUGGAACCAGCCUUUCAAAGAGGUGAUAUUCUAUUUUUAUGGAACAGAAAUGUGGAGAGCAAGGUUGGUGAUAUCGUUGUUUAUGAAGUUGAAGGUAAGCCAAUUCCAAUUGUUCACAGAGUUUUGAGAGAACACCACAGUGAGAAGACAAAUAAACAGUUUCUUUUAACAAAAGGUGACAACAAUGCUGGUAAUGAUAUUCCUUUAUAUGCUAACAGAAAAGUUUAUUUGCAAAAGGAUAAAGAUAUUGUUGGUACUGUUAAGGGCUAUUUCCCAUUAUUGGGUUAUGUAACAAUUUGGGUUACUGAAAAUAAAUAUGCGAAAUUUGCUUUACUUGGUUUCUUAGGUUUAAGUUCUCUAUUAGGAGAUGAAUAA